GGCAAAGCAUUCCCAUCGCAGCAAUUGGUCCACUGGAGCUAUAAAUUGGUCUCCUCCAGAAACAGAUCAAAAUUUGUCUUCUGGGAGCGUGGCUGGAAACUGAAGAAGCCAUGGAGAGGAACAGCGCCGCCUCUCCACCCACAGCAGACCCCACACACCACUUCCACGCCGCCCUGCUGGACCAGAGACGGAGGCUGCGCGGCCAAAUCGCUCACCUGCACAAGGCAGCUCGGAAACUCAACCGGCUGCGCACGCGGUCCGUGAUUGCCAACGUGGGCGGGAGCGCCCUGACGGCGGCGGGAGCGGUCACGGCCAUCCUGGGGCUGUCCCUCAGCCCCGCCACGCUGGGAGCCUCCCUGCUGGCCUCGGCCGUGGGGCUGGGCCUGGCCACGGCCGGCGGGGCCGUCAGCAUCACUUCCGACCUCUCCCUGGUGCUCUGCAACUCCCGGGAGGUGAGGCGGGUGCAGGAAAUCGCCACGACUUGUCGGAAACAGAUGAGGGAAAUCCUCGGCUGCCUGGAGUUCCUCCGCCGGGGGCAGGGCCCCGGCGACCCUGCGCUGCGGCAGUCGGAGAAGAGGGCGUCCAUCUCGCUCUACAACUCCGUCUGCUUCAUGGUCCUCUGCGGCUCCCACAGCUUCCUCGUGCCGGAGCACACCAAGGAGGCCACCAAAGUCAGCCAGGCUGUGCUGAAGGCCAAAAUCCAGAAGCUGGCUGACAACCUUGAGACCUGCACCAGGGCAAUGGAUGAAGUCUGUGAUCUCCUUGAGUCCAGAACAGAGCUUUCCCCAUGUACGAGGAGACUCAGCUUGGGUGCAAAAACCACUGUUGAGAGCCUGAGACUGUCCAGCUGAAACAGCUUCAGUGUUACAUAUUAAAAAUCUGGGGUUGGAGACAUUCCAUUAACUGAGACCAUUAGCACUGCUGCCUGUUGUGUUACAGCUCAGGGUGCUGAUGCUGCGAGGCAGACGUUCUGCAGAGCCCUGUUUGCCCAGCCAUCUCCACUGCCCUGCUUCCCCCAGGCAGCAAAAAGGAGUAGGUCAGGUGGCAGAUGAAAUACCUGAUGCCGACUGAACCUGGUCUGCAAAUAACUUAUGAAUCUGUGAGUGGUACAAGGGCUGGUGUACCCUAAAAAAGCCAGCAGCUGCCAAUUUCCAGUAGAGUACAAUCCCAUUACCAAGGUACAUCUGGAAAGGCUGUAGAAAGAAGCAGCUCCAGACACAACAGACUAUGGAUAGUUCACCAUCCCAGGGUGGAAUAGCAGGGCCAGAAUUUAUCCCUUUUGAAGAAACCUCUCCGGACUGAGAACUGUGUUUGUAUUCUAUUUAUUUACAUAGAAUGAAUUUAAGGUUAUGAUAUUGUAUUUAAGAGUGUAUAUAUAUAUAUAUCUAUACAUAUAUAUUUUUUUUUAAAGGAGGCCUCUGUUUCAAAGGAAAGCUGUUGUUUUUCAGAGUAAAAGCAAGUCUGUAGCAUGUGAGAGCAAGUUACCUGUUAUUUUGCUGUGAGGAAGGGCAAAUCCCUGUAGGAAAAGGAAAGCAUGACCUGAAUGCUGACAGUUAUAAAAUAGGUGAAACACAGUCAAACAGUGACAGUAGAGAGAAGAGUGACCCUGGGACCAGAGUCUGCCUCAGGGCAUUGGUGGAAGGAAGCAGUUGGAUCUCCUGCAGCCAGAAGGGAAACGUACGUUUCUGGUGUUACUGGUGUGAGCUGGAGCCCCACUGUGAUGGGAGCACUCCUGAGAGGUGGAGGUGCCACCCUCCAUGCAGUCAGGCAGCCUGUGAGACCCACAGUGAUCAUCUGUGAGGAGGGAGGCAGCACUCAUGGAAAGCUACACAGACUCCUAGCAACGCUUCCUGGGGAAGGCUUCACAUUAGUGAGAUAUAUGUGGGUGCUAAUAUUCGGAGGGGUAGAGAGGAGUAGGAUGAUUCAGUGGCAGAGCCCCUACAAAGCAGGAGCAAGGACUGGGACCCUGCUUCAAGUGACUGUUCUGCUAAAUAUGCCCUUUGUGAUUUUAAGCCGUCAGUACCUCAGUUUCCCGUCUAAAAAUGGGGAUAGUAGCACUUCCCUACCUCACAAGGAUAUUGCUGGGAUCAUCCACUGAGAAGUGCCCAAGCAUGGUGAUGAUGGGGAUCAUGUCAGUACCUGAAAGAGGCACAAGGAAGAGACCCUGAAACUAGCUUGAGGUGACUAGAAGAGUUAAUGCAGUGGUAACUCCCUCCACAAGCAUGUCCCAGUGGGUAAGGGAAACUUCUCUGUGCAGGCACAAAUCCAAAUGAUCAGAAAAGCCUACUCUGUAAUUCUGUAACACUGACCAAGUUUUUAGGGAGGGCAACACUCCAUGUCACAAAGCUUGAAUCCUUGUCCUUUUAGUCUCUUCUUUUUGUGAUAUCAACAUUUGUUUUAGUAUGUUGUAGGAAGAAUGAAAGCUCUGGCUCCCCAGAGUGGGACUGAAAUGCUUUUGAAAUUCACGCCUGUUUGCCAGAAAUUAACAAGCAGACUGCUGAUUCAAAUAAAUGAAUAUGAAGCA